AUGAACUCUAAAGAUGCUAAAUGUAAGUUAUUUGAAAUAAAAUAAAUCUUGCACAGAUAUUACAGGUAAAGAUACGAGUAUAUUAAUCAUGAAAUCGAUACAAAUCACUUGUUGUUGAUCAUUUACAGUUUUUAAUUCCUUCAGAGCAUCAUAAAACUUUUGACUUCGUCUUCUGUGAAUUUUAAGUUAGGUAUAAUAAUAUACUCGUAGGUGCAAAAAUAAUAUGCGGAGUCGAAGAAUUUAUGUAGGAACGGAACUUCUACAGUAGAGGAGACCCACUUUAACAUUAAAUGCAAAUUUGACUAUUCUAUAAUUUACGCCUUGCUAUUGGCAAAAACCACCUUUCAAUAUCUUCAAUAAAAUGAUAUUUAAAAUACAGAAGUCCUAUUUUAAUAUUUUAUAUUUUAUUUAUUUGUACAACUUUUUAUUUUUCUUGUAAAAUAAUUUUUGAAUAAGAUGUUCGUGUGAAAUGUAGGUAUAAGUUAAAAUAUAUUUUUUUGUUUCUGCGCACAACUUUUCUAUGAGAAAUUUUUCUUCAACUUAAUGAUAGCAAUAUUUUGAAAAGAAAAUUCCACUAGUGAGGUACUUUGGGUAGGUAAUUUUUGAUUUUCUCAGUAGUUUACUCAUCACAUUUAUAAACCGGGAAAAUGUACAAAAUAUAUUACUGAAAUAUUACGUUUUAUUUACUGUACACAACUUCUCUACCAGCAAUUUUGCUCCAAUUUAUAUUUUAAGAAUGUUUCUAAAAAGGAAUUUCAUUAGUGAGGUACUUUUUCAAUUUUCCCAAGAAUUUUCCCAGCAAAUGUAAAAAACCGGGAUAAAACAUGGGAAAACUCGGAGAAACGUAGAAAAACCGUGAAAAUAUUAUUUAAGAAAACAUAUAUGGUCUAUUUAAUUAUUUUACCAUAAAAUAACAUAUAUGUUGCUAACAAAGCAUCACUAUCAACUGAACUUCGCUCAGAAUCGUUGUUUUGUAAGCAAUGGUUUAUCGUUGCUUACUGGCAUACAUUAAAUUAUCAAUAACAGUAGCUGUAUCCGUCCACAUUAUCUUAUGAUGUAUUUUUAAAAAUAUAUUUACAAUCAUUCUGUUAAAUCAAAUUUUUUUUUAGUGGCAGAUCAUGUAUCUUUAUCAAAACCAACAGUGCUUGCUGAUAAUAAGGGCGAUCAUAAUAUUCCUCAACUUACUAAACAGGUAAACAUAAUACUGAGCGAUUUUUUUUUAUCAUGAACCGGCAAUUAUUUCGGAGGAUUUUAAGUGAAUUUAAUUUCUGUUAUUUUUAAUUAUUAUGGAAUCGUUUAAGCUUUAUUUUAAAACCAUUUUAAUUUUUCCUUUACUUUAUAUACCUUAAAUAAGUAGUUUUUGAAAUAGGAAACCUUCUUUAGAUACAUAUUUGAAUAGGAAAUAUUUUUAGGCCUAAACGAUUCCACAACGAUUAAAAAUAACAGAAAUCAAAUUUACUUGGAAUGUUCCGAGAUAAUUAUUUGCUCAUGAUAAAAAAUAUCACUCUGUAUACCUAAAGAUUUUAAUUUAAUAUCAAUAAUUUAAUGAUACUCCUAUAAAUUUGUCUUAUUAUAGAUGAAUAAUUUAAGAAUUGUAGUUAAAAAUCUGGAAAAAGAACGCGAUUUUUAUCUUAGUAAACUGUGUGCAAUUGAGCUAAUAUGCCAGAAACACGGAAAUGAGCAUCCAUUAUUCUUUAAAGUAAUGGAGAUUCUUUACGGUACUGUGGUAUGUAUGCAGAAUAGUUUUUAUACUAUACAAAUAUUUUCUAAUGAUAAAAAUACAAUUUUAUAAGUUUAAUACGAUUUUAAUUUGUUGACUUAUUCAAAAUUCUUACCAAAGUACCAAACUAAAGAUACUAACUUUUUGUAAUAAAUAUUGUGUAGACAUGCUUUAGAUUUGGAGCGUAGCUGUGAACAACUUUUCUAUCAGAAAUAUUUCUCUAAUAUAUCAAGUGUAGCACUUUUUGUGAAAGAAAAUUUUAUCUACUUGGUACUCUAAGAAGUAAUUUUUUAAUUUUCCAAGUGGUUUUCAUAAUAAUUAGGAAAACCCGGAAAAAAACUUAGGAAAAGCAAACUACGUAGAACAAAUGGACAAAUAUUUACGUUGUAAUGAUUUAAUGAUUAUACAUUUUUGUAGAAAUCUUGGUACAAUUUAAAAAUGACAAGAAAACAGUAUUGUUGAAUUUUUAAUCUAGUUUGUGAGAAAGAAAGUCGUUUUUUGAUUUUCCGUGUAUUUUUUUCAAUUAAUAAUAAUUAAAUAAUUAUAAAUACAUAAAACAAACUAGCAUAAUAAUAAAAAGACGUUCUAGGACAAUGGGGAAAGGUGCAGUAACUGUUAUAAGUAAUUUAAUGUAUGCCUCUAAAUAAUGAUAAACCACUGCUAACGAAAAAACGAUUCUGAGUGGGGUUCAGUUGAAAGUGAUAUUUUAUCAACAGUAUAUAUGUUAUAUUGUAGUAAAAAAAUUAAAUAGGUUUUAUUUUCUUUAAUAAUAUUUGUUUAAUGUUAUAUCGAUUUUCCUACGUUUUUCUCGGUUUUCCCAUGUUUUUUCCCGGUUUUUCACAUUUGCUGGAAAAAAACGCUUGAGAAAAUCGACCUUCCUAAAGUAUCUUCCCAGUCAUAUUUCCUUUCAAAAAAAGUGAUCAUUGUAACGCGGAGCAAAAUUGCUUAUGAAAAAGUUGUUCACAGGAAAAAAGAAUGCCUUAAUAUUUUUUAAACUUUAUUUUGGUUUUUUACAUUCGAUGAGAAAACUUGAGAAGAUCGAAAAAUAAUCUCCUUAAAGUAAUUCCCCAUACUGGUUUCUUAACAGAAAAGGUGAUACACUUAAAAAACUGAGCAAGAUUUCUGGUAGAAAAGCUGCGGACAGAUAAAAAUAAAAUAAACAUCUUUGUAAAACCAUAAGCUGCUUCACUCCACUCAGAAUUUAAAAUAAAACAGUUUUAACCAAUAAGAUUAACACUAAAUUAACAAAGUCAUGAAAUCUCAGCAUUUAUAACCACUUUUAAUUUUUUAUAUUUAUAUUGUACACUUUUUUUUAUAUAUAUUUAAUAAUAUAUGUUUAUGAUAAUAUUUCAGGAAGAAUUUGUUGGUCCAGAGGUUGGUACUAACAACGACGGUAAUGGUGAAUAA